CAGUCCCAGACAACACAAACAUAAAAAACCAAGGUAGUGCACAAUACCAGGAAGACAGAGAUCAGCAAAGCCAUGUCGUUCCUCAAAGGAGAUUUGCUUACUCGCACCAGAAAGCUCGUCAAGGGCUUGGCCAAGUCCGAGCCUAUCUGGCUCAAAGCCAUGGAACAUGCACCACCUGCAACAUUUCCUCAUGCUGAUGGGAAAGUGAAGAGGAUCAGUCUCCCAGAGGACGUUUAUAUAAAAAAGUUCUUUCAGAAACAUCCGGAUUCAAAACAUGAAGAUGCCAUCAAGAUCUGUGGUUUUGAUCCCCCUCCAGCUCGUAUAUUUGGUUUGCGGGUGCUUGACCUGAAGGAGCAGGGAGUUAGUGAGGAAGAAGCAAUGGCUGUAGCUGAUAUGGAAUAUCGAGCAGAGAAAAAAGCAAAGAAAAAGGCAUAUUCUCGCUUGAAGCAGAUUGCACGUCUUCAAGGGAAGAAACCUCCUCCUAACCCAUAUCCUAGUGCUAUCAAAGAAAUUCAAGCUGAGGAGAGGAAGUACGUUCGUGACCGUUUCUUUAACCCCAAGAUACUUGAAAUUGUGCAGAAGUUGAAAGAGGAGAAGGCAGCACAGGCACAAGACAGAUUCAGGGGGGGUGGCUGGUAACCCUAUAAUGGCACUAGAGCACAAACAUGGUGUUCUUUUGUUUCUGGAUCCUUAGUUCUGAUAAUAGUUAGGGCCAAUAAACCACUAGGGUUCUAAUACAUUGGCUUUGAUAGUUAGGUCCAAUGUGGGCUCAAUUAGCAGGCCAAGCACUUUAGAAAGGAUUUUUUUUUUCUUUUUUUUCUUUUUUCCUUUUUAUAUGUUAAGAUUCUCAAGAAUCCUCUUUUUUUUUUUUGGGUUAACAAAAAGUAUAGAUUCUGUUAUUGAUUGAUCAUUGAAGUUUUGAGCAAAUGUGUAAUAAAAUUAUGUUUUGUGCUUC